UGUGGGAAUGCUGCGAGUCAUACUCUAAUCUUUGACUUUCACUUGUUCAAUUGUUCACCUGAUCAUUUUACAUGCACGAUAUCCAUGCCUGGUUACAAAGUAUUUGAUACCAUUUGAAUGUUUCGUCUGUGGGGAGCUCAAGCUGCUCUGGUCUGCAUACCAGAUGGAGUGUCCUCGAUCUGCCUGUUGUUCAUAUCUUCAUUCUUUUUUUUUUUCCAAUUCUGUCUUUCCAUACCUUUUCUUCAUUCAAAUUUCUUGCUUUCUCAAAACCCACAAUACCCUGCCCUAUGAAUUCUGUUGAUAAUCUGAUCCGAAUCUGCUGCUAGAUG